AUUUUUUCAUAGGUUUUCAGUCUACUCUAAUUAACAUUAAAGAGCAAAAGUAGAAAUAGGAAAUAAAUCAAUCGUGCAUGACUAUGAAUUGGAGCGAUAUCCUAAAUCUAUCUAUGUAAUAUGAUUAUUAAUUGAGGGCUUUUUUACAAAAAAGAUGGACUUAGAAGCAUGAGAUUCCUGGAAGAAUGUAUGUCAUCUAAUAAAUAGAGGAUAUCAAGGAUUAAUUAUAAAUAUAGCAAUUAUAGCCAUUAAAAAUUUUAUUAAGUGAAACCAGAUUAAAAAAUAUGUAUGAUAAUGAUUAGAUGGAUUCCUAAUAUAUUAUUUCAAUAAUAAGUGAGGAACACUUUAAACCGAUGAUGGAUGAAUACACAAAGAAAGUAUUGAUAAAUGGAGCUAUGCCUCCUUUAAUUAAAUAUGACUAAUAUAAUUAAAUAAGAAAUUAAAUUUUACAACUUUACUAAGUAUUUUUUUUUGGAGAUCCUCUUAGUUAAUUAGAAAGAGAGAUUGAAUUCAGAUAUUUAGCUUUAAAAUAAAAGAAAUUUUUUAAAUAUCAAAUUUAACAAAGAUCAAAAGAUAAAUGUUUAUGGACACAUAGUUAGUAAAGAAGAGUUGAAUUGAUGAAAAACUGGAUGGCACGUGAUAUUAAUUUAUAUGAUGAUUUAAGACCAAUCUAUGAACCAUUGUUAUUAAAUUAAAAGAUUCAAAUAUAUCAAUAAUUGAUGAAAAUAGAUGAAGUAUCAAUAAAAGAAAAAUUGUUAUUUCAUUUAUUAGAAAAGCAUGCUUUAUAAAAAUCUAAAAGAAGACUACUUACUAUUGCUCAAACAUUAUUUACUAGAACUAUGUUAUAUACAAAUUGCAUUGAAUUCUUAAGAGUAUUAGAUAUUCCUCCUGAUUUUCAUAUUGAAUUAUCUAUAAUUAAUGUUCACAUUUGGUUAAUUUGUAAUAGAUUAUAAUAAAUUAAUACUAGAGAAUCAAAUAAUUUAGCCACUUUACUAUUUAAAGCAUGUGAUAGAUAUAUCUCUGAAGAAGUAGAUAAAAUUCAUUUAAGAAAAAAACAUGAUUUAGUUAGAGAUAUUGAAGCAUACAUGUAGACAAGUAGAAAAUAUUUAGAAUAUCAUUUUAACCGCAACAUUUAAACAGUUAAAAAUAACUAUUUUAAAUUGGAUGCAUUAAUAUGGAGUAUAAUCUUCUUUGAAAAGAUCCCUAGAUAUAGUGAUAAGGUAUAUUUGGUAGCUGAAUACAUCAAAUCGAAUUAUGAUUUUUUGAAUAGCUUAUCAUAUUAAUCAUUUGAAGAUUGUGUAGUUGAAUUUGAUAUUUUUAAAAUGAAAAUAGAUUACAAAACUUAAUUACUUUAAGUAAAUCCUCCAUUAUCUGAAAAAGAAUUUGAAUAAGAAUUCUUAUCUGACAAUAAAAUUAAAAAAUACUAUUAUUCAUUUGAGGAUUAGGAAAAUAAAGUAAUAGAACUUCCAAAAUUUGAAGUAAAUUUAAAUUUAUUAUAAUAAGUCUUAAAUUAAAUCUUUAUUAGAAAGAAGAUUAGAUGUAUUAGGUUAAAAUAUAAGAUAUGUUAUUAAGAAAUAUUAAAAUUUAGAUACCUAUGAUCAUUUUUCAACUCAUGAAGAAUAAAUAAAAUAAGAGGAAAAAAAAUAAAAGUAUAUUUGGAAUAAAUCCUUAGAGAGAGAUCCAGAAGAUUUAAGGAAAUAAUUAAAAUAAAGAAGAAUAUAAUAAAAAAAUAUGUGA